AUGGAAAAAAUGAACAAAGCCUUUGAGAAAGUGAAAAUGAUGGUAGGAAUGGAAGUCGAAGACGAAGAGCAACAAGCUGCAGCGUUGGACAACGAAAGCUCCUUCGCUUUCAUGGAUGAUUUCAACCGCAACUGCACUUUGACUACCAAACAGAGACUUUAUGGUUUUGCCAUAUGCUUUGCUACUGGAGUAACCUGUACACUGUUGUCUAUGCUUGUUUUCCUCAAACCAAUCAAGUUUGGGAUAACUUUCACUCUUGGCAAUUUGCUUUCACUUGGAAGCACAGCAUUCCUCAUAGGUCCUAAAAGGCAAGUAUCGAUGAUGCUUGAUCCUGUUCGUAUUUAUGCAACAGCCAUAUACAUUGCAAGUAUGAUAAUUGCCUUGUUUUGUGCACUUUAUAUUCAUAACAAGUUACUAACACUUCUCGCGAUUAUCUUGGAGUUUGGGGCGCUAGUUUGGUAUAGCUUGAGCUACAUCCCUUUUGCGAGGUCAAUGGUUUCAAAGAUAAUGGUUUCAUGCUUUGACACAGAAUUUUAG